ACACGCCUCUCGAACGCGCCGCGCCGUCUCUUGUUUCGGCAGUCGCUGCGCUGUCGUCCCGCGGGCAACUGAACGGCGCUGAGCGGAUUGGCUGCGCUCCUGCUGACGACGCGCUAUGCGCGGCAGACAGCUAUGCGGGCCCAGGGUGUCGCAGUGAGGCUGCAGCUGCUGCUGCUGGCGCUCCUGGCGCAGUUGGCGGUGCGUAUCCUGUCCGACAACAGCUGCGCCGGUGCUGGAGACGUCCGCUGUGUAGUCGACCACGCGGCCGACGACGGCAAUGGCGUCGCUUCCAGUUCAGAUUUGCGCCACAACGAAUCCAGCCACGACGUGGCAGAGCUGGUGCGUCACUGGGGAUAUGACCAGGAUAACGGCCCAGCCCUGUGGCCCUCGUCCUCCCCGGAGUGCGGCGGGCGCCGGCAGAGCCCCGUGGCGCUGGACACCACGUCCGCUGUGGCCGGCCACCAGCCGCGCCUCCACUGGUUCGGCUGGCACAACCUGCCCGUCUCCCAGCACGUCGCCAACAACGGACACACCGUGUCGGUGAAGUCGACGUACCUGAGCGAGAAGGAGGUGCCGCUGGUGUGGCUGUCCGACUCUGAGCGCCGCUACAGGCUGGACAGUGCGCACUUCCACUGGGGCGGCAGCGAGCACACGCUCAACGGCGAGAGGUUCGCUAUGGAGAUGCACGUGGUGACAUUUGACAGGCGCUACCCGUCGCUGGAGAAAGCCAAGAGCCAGAAGAACGGCAUACUCGUGCUUGGCUACUUCUUCCGGGCGGCGGCGACGGGCAGCGCGGCGCUGCAGCAGCUGGUGUCGCGCCACCUGCCCGCCGUCGUGCGGCCGCAGUCGUCUCGGCUGGUGGCGCGGCCGCUGCGGCUGUCGCGGCUGGCCCACCCCUUCGAGAAGUCCUUCCUGCUCUACCAGGGCUCGCUCACCACGCCGCCCUGCAGCCAGGUCGUCCGCUGGGUCCUCUCCAAGGACGUCCACUCCGUCUCCCGACAGCAGCUUUUGCUACUGUCACGCCUACAGAACGACAAGGGCAAGCCGCUAGUGCGCAACUGGAGGCCUCUACAGCCGCUCAACGGCAGGACUGUCACCAACAUCUUCUGAGCCCGAUCCGGCCAGAGGCGCCUCGUGCCAGCUCAGUGGCAGGACUGUUGCCAACGUCUUCUGACCUGUCGUGCCCAGAGGCAUCUGGUGUGGGCUCAACAGCAGGACUGUCACCAACGUUUUCUCAUCUGACAUGACCUCACCAGAGGCACUCGAUGCCAACUCAACAGCAGGACUGUCACCAAUGUCUUCUCACCUGACCCAACCAGAGGUGGCUGGUGCCAGUUCAAUGUUAGUGCUGCCCAACAUCUUCUGACCCAACCCAGCCAGAGGCAGUUGGUGCUGGCUGGACUGUCACCAACAUCAUCUGACACAACAGGCGAGAGGUGGCUGGUGCCAGCUGAACAGUGGAACUGACCAACGUCUUCUGACCUGACCUGACCAGACCAGAGGCAGCUGGUGCCAGUUCAGUCGUGGUUCCACCACAAACUUCUCGUGAUCUGAACUGAUAUAACCAGGCAAGAAGACCUAGCGCCAUUACAACAAGCAUAAUUCUGGUCUCCAUAUACCAGACCUCUGCAGCAGCUGAAUGGACGCUCAGUCACCUGUGGCUGCAGACCUGAACUGAUGAGUGAUAGCUGCAGCCUCUAAAUGAGGACACCAUCACCCUUGCCUUCAGGCCAGAUCUCAAUACCUGGGCUGGAGCUGCUCGACAUCUGCACCAUCACCUCUCUUCUCCUGAUGUGAAAUGACCUCGGACCUUUUCUGCUGCUGGCCUGACCUUUGCAGCCGCUGAAUGGAGGUGGCAACACCAACAUUUACCGAUCUGACUAGAGCAGAGACCUCUCAGACUUGGUCUGGACAAGGUUUGCGGCAGCCACUCGGCAGAACACCUUCACCCAUUUGUGAUGUAGUCUGAGGUAUCUACAUUUGCUUAGCUUCUGCUCUCACCAAGGCCGCUGUUAGAUGCUCGUCCCCAACAUUAUCAAAAAUUUGGGAUUGGUGAUCGUGGUUGGUUAGGCAGACUCACCCCACAACUAUGUCCUUAGUAUAACUACUGCAUUCAGUAAAUAAGGAGACUCAUUUGCGAACAUGAGAGGAAAUCUUGAAAACUUUGUCAUUUUUCUAAGGAAUUUAGCGCAAAGAAUAAGAAUUGCAGACUCAUGUAAUGCUUAGCAGCAGAUCUUUUGGGAACGUUUUUGGUCCCACACUUUUGUAGUUUGUGUUGCAGGUGAAAUCAAGCAUGUUAAUUAUUUAUGCACAGCGUAGGUACACACAACUCUAAAUAUGAACAAAGUAGAAGUGUUAAUUUUUUUCUGGAAAUUCUUCACACUAAGGUAUUUAAAGUAGACUUUUGAAAAGCUGUUGCUAUCUUAAAUAUUAACUCAAAACAUUUUUAAUAACGAUUACCAAAAAUUUUUGUAAUUAACUCAUGGGUUUAUUUAAAAAAAGUCUUUAAUUUUUUAUUUAAGUCAGAAAAUAGUCUAAUUUUUAAUUAAGAAUGAUUUAAGAUGGUAUACAAAAUUUUAGCCCUCUGGACUCACUAGUAUUUAACCAUUGUGUACCAUAACACGGAAAAAGUGAGUUUAUGGGUAAAUUCAGGUUAAAUUUAAAACUUGUUUCUCUAUCUAAUGUGCAUAACGCUAACGUACCCUAGGUCCACAUUCAUCUUAUUUCUGAUGUUGUUCGUCCUCCCUUUUCUUUUCAUACGCUUCUUAUUCUUUCUUCUUUGGUGGGUUCAAACACUCAAUUCUCUGCUUCAAAGAAUCUUCUCUGGUCAGUGACAAAUAAAGCUCUUUGCAUAUUUAGUCCAUCAGACACACACAUAAAUUCCAUAACCUUACCGUUUGACACUGCAUCAUCACUGAACCAUAGGAGAACAUCCAGCACACUUAUUGCUAAUUUUUACAAGAGUUUUUUGUAAGCAUUCGCAUAUACAGUUGUUAAAACUCUCAUUUGGGUUUUGAGCCCUACUUUUCUGAUAAUGUUGUGCCACUAAGACCCCUAUAUAUAGGUUUACACCUUUCCUUAUAACAAGUGGCACUGAGUGCUUAUGUUUGUAGGUCUUACUUUGAAUAAUAGCCCUCUGGUAGCCACACUAUGACUCACUGUCUGGUGGACAGAGUACAAGACAUAGACCUGUGAAUGUUUUAUGAAAGAAGGUAGCCCAUACUGCCUUUCUCAAACGUUAAUUUUGAAAAUUUGAUAAUUUCAUCUACUACUGAAAUACACAUAAUAUAUUGUGAAGUUUGAUGUAAGCCCAUUCAGAUGUACCACAAAUAAUUCCAUAACUGUUAGCGGCAAAAUAACGACUACACUCUCUGUAUACACAAAAGUGGAGCAACAUUAAAGACUAAAAAUUCAUAAAAAGACAGGCAAGUGAGGACCAAAUACUGUUCUUAAAAUACCUGUCUGCGUGCUAUGGGACACCGUCAUGUGUGCAGGCACUUUUAAAUUCGUCUAAUUUUGGGGCUUCCGAUUGUUCCAACUUCCUUUUAAACAAACAUGUCCUGGUCCAGAAAACUUAAGAGAAUUUCUUAAAAAUCUAAAAUUUUUUUUUACACUUAUUCGGGUACAAGGCCGUAAAGGAGACAUGUGAAUGUGGCCCAGUAAAGAUAUGUGUAUACAACCUCCUGGACACUCACGCUGCGACGACUGCUGUUGGCCAGUGCCUGUACUGCGUAUGCACCUGAGCUGUUGUAGCCCGAUCAGCCACACGCUCCUGCCCGUCCAACAGUGUGCUUUCUUGUAAUUAAUUAAUGUCUGUAAGUCAGGGAUAAAGGCUCAGCUCGAAAUCAUUCAAACAAAUCUGAGACAAAAUAUUGUAUUUAUUGAGAGCAGAAGAAAAUAAAUGUAGAUUGCACUGUUAAGUCUAUAGCCAUCAAUGCUUUAACUGUAAUAACUAAUAGACACAGUUUUGCAAAUAAUAAGUAAUUUAUUUUGGUGUGUCUGCAAAAUUCAUAAAAACAGUUGCUGUUCACGAGAGUGCACAUACCUAUCAUAACGUUGAUGAAUAUAGUCUCCUUGGGGCAGGAAUGAAGUGAAUGUUCAGCCACCUGACUACUAGUCUCUGUUGAUCCAUUGUAGUCGUUGGACAGAGGCUGGUCAAAUAUUUAACAAAGAAAUUCGCCAGAGAGACGUCCAAAUUGAGAAGUUAUUUUAUUUUAUUUACUCUACAAGUUUCGAUAAUUCAGUAUGCCAUCUUCAGGCCCCAUAUGCAUCUCUCAAAAAUUAUCGGUAUUGGCAUACUGGGGCCAUCUGUUUCUGGCUGUUGUGAAUUCUCAAGUGCUUGCUUCGAAGACUUGACUACAGUCACGGAAGCAGAAGUCGAAUCUUCGAAGGAAGCACUUAAUUCACGAAAUCCAGAAACAGAUGGUCCACAGUAUACCAAUACUGACAACACAGUUCUACAAAAAAAAAAAUCUAUUUCUGAAAAAAUACAUUGUGCUCCUAGUUGUACUUCGAGUGCUGAAUUCAAAACUGCGUUUAGUUUUUUACUGAUAGGGAUUGUUUAUGAUUCAUCGCAAUUUUAUUUCUCUUUUCCGUUUCUGAUGUAGUGCAGCAAACAUGAGGUGAAAUUAGAUAAACAAAUUCACGUUUUUAUGAUCUUAUCAGUUCAUCUCAUUAAUGGAGGGUGAGACUAAUACAUAAGACAGUAAUAUUUGUGUAUACGUUUUGUAGCAUUUAUUUGACAUGAGAAAUUAAAGAAAAUUGACAAAAAAAUGAGCCAUUGUAUUGUAAUGCACAUCACUUUUUUCCCUUGUAUUGUGAAUCUUUCUUCUCGCGAAUGAUAUUCCAGUAAUAAUCUGUUAACGUAGAAAAUGCCCACUUCCCUUCAUAACGCCUUUCUAUGGUAGAAAUGUCUUUAUAGAAUCUUUCGCCGUGUUGAUCCGAUACAUCACUACAACUCUCUGUGAAGUAAUCCAGAUGAGAGUCCAUCAUACAGAUAUGUACGUUCAAAGACAUAUUGCACCCCAGAUCUCGAUGUGCUUUAAUCACAUCAUUCACCAUUGCUUUGUAGUUAGUAGCUUUUGUUCCUCCGAGAAAUUUUCUGAAACCAUCUUGAAACAGCCCCAUACUCUCUUUUCUUUGUCAGUUGUACGUGCUUCAAAAUUUGCAUCUUUCUGCAGCUCCUUGAUUUGUGGGCCAACGGAUAAACCUUCCUUUAUUUUUGCAGCUGAAAGACGGGGGAAUCUGGUAGCUAGAUAUGCAAACCCACUGCCUGUUGGAUCCAUGGCCUUUACGAAUUGUUUCAUUAGACCGAGUCUGAUGUGAAGCGGUGGAAGUAGUAUAUCUUCACGAGCUACCAGACUUUCACUCUGUACAUUCUUUUCGCCCACUUUCCAUCUCCGCCUAGGGCAUUUGGCUUUUAACGUAGUAUGGAUAUCUCUCUCGACCAUUCCACUCGAAUAGAAAACAGGCAUACUUCACGUAGCCUUGUUGCAUUCCCAGUACCACAACAAUUACUUUGAAAUCUGCACAUGGUUUCCAUUUGUAUUCAUUGUAUUGUCAUGAAUUUAGCAUCCUUUGCACGAAUUCGUAGUUCAAUUUGGUCAAGGUGGCGCAAGCUACUGGAACAGAGGGUUUUUUAUUUCCGUUAUGGAGCAAAACGCCCUUGAGACUUGUUUUCGAUGCAUGUAUGAAAAGUCUAUUCCUGUGAAACAUAGGUGAAGUUCAGCACUUUUAUUAGGCCAGCAACGUCAUUGCAGAAUGUCAGUGCUCCGUCAGUUGCAAAAUAGGAAAUAAAGACAUGUUCUCUGUGCCUGAACAAACUGAUUUUAGUACAUUGGUGCAGUAGAUUACACUCUUGUAAUCUUGAAAUAAGCAGCUGCACCUUUUGUUUACUUAGUCCUAGAUCACAUACUAAAUCAUUUAAAUCUGCGUGUGUUAACAAAUGUGACGAUGACUCAUUUGUGCAGUGAUAUAAAGGAUCAUCAUCUGUGAUUUCUUCAGUAUUACUUACUUCACUGUCACUCCGAAUUUGACCUGGAGCUCUUGAGGCUACUGGAAGGCCGUCAGAACGUUGUGCUAGCAUUCUCGCUGAAGCCAGAUCUGGGUAAACAAUGUGCCUCUUCGAUAUUUUUUUUCUUGUAAAACCCUGAACUUUUGUUAGACAGAAAUAACAAUCAUUAACGUGGCACUUGGGCUCUCUCCACACCACGAGCAUUCUCUGAAUUAGUUUGCAGUAACAUGUAGCACAACAGAAAUGUGGUGCCCAUUCUUUAUCUUGGUCUCCUACCUCUACCCCAAAGUAAUGUUCAUAUGCUUCCUUUAUGACUGUUGAAAUUUUCUUCCUAUUUCUGAAAAAGAUGAACUUCCCAUAGGUAUAGCACAAGUUGUCUGGCUUAUAUUGACAUCAUCGACGAUGUGGCAUUUCUGAAAAUUUAAAGAUACCUCUUCAGUAAUACACUUGUAUUACAUUAAUACUAGAGAAACGCCGAUAUGUAAAAGCAAGCAGUCAAUUUACCUUCAGUACCAGGCUAAAUCAGUUUAAACACAGGAACUAAUAAGUUCAACUGUGCUCAGAAAUGUGACAGAGACGGUUACUUGUCGGCCAAAACACCCACUCGUUAAGACUGAUACAAAUUACGGGUAACACCAUUGUUGUAACUUGAUGCAUCUGCGUCUGCGAAGCGUGAAAGGUUUGCUGCCGUGGCAGUGACCGGAUGUCGUCAUUCGAGUUAAUGACCUAUUGCAGGUGGUCUUACUGACAUAGGUGUGGCGGGGAUAACCCAAUGACAUAUGAUUCGUCCCACCUGCUGCUGAACAAGAAAUUUUCACGUUCCAUCGCUACUGGAAGUCCAACAUCCCCGUGUUUCUCUGUGAUUUCCAUGAAUUGUGGAUAUAUGUAUUACAUAAAAAGUAUCCCUGACAACGAUAGUUUGUUUACAUAUUUGAAUUUCCCACAGUAAACUGGCUUAGAAGCACACACUUUAAUAUCAGAAAUAGAACCCUUGUCGAACAGUGUAAUUUUUAAGAGGUGCAUAUGGGGCCUGAAGAUGUCAUACUGAAUUGCUGAAACUGGUACUGAAAAUAAGAUGAAAUAACUUCUCAGUCUGCAUGGCUGUUCGGCGAUUUUCUUUGUUAUAUACCCAACUAAUACUCUCUCCCUUGAAUUGAUCUUACACGGACUGAACCUGCAAGUCAGCACAUGCUCACAUCUCCUGAAAACCAUCCCCACACACCACGACAUUACUCAUACAUCUGGAAGUCAGUAACACCUUUAUUACUAUUGGUACGCAUAUUCCACACAGACCACACAUAAUCAUUUCUUAGUAUUAUUACUUACCCUAAAAAUGACACGUUAGGUUCCUGAGUUGCUGGAGUUGGCAGUCAUGUGUGUGUGUGUGCGUGAUUAGUGCUUGCUUGUGUGAAUGAAUGAUUUGUUUCUCUCAUUCUGACAAAGGCUGUGGCCGAAAGCUUGUGUGUAAGUGUAUUUAAUAGCGCCUGUUUGUAACCUAACGUGUCAUGUUUAGGGUAAGUAGCAAUCUCUCUUUUCCUACAUUGUUGAUAUUCCUACGAGGAGUUUCCAUUGUUCCAUUUAUUAGUAUUAUUUUCUUCAGCAUGAUUUUGACAAUUUGGAAAUGGUUGCAUAAUUCAUGAUCCCCUAACUACACAAUAAUGCACUCACUAGGUGGUAAUAAUAAUAAUAAUAGUAAUAAUAAUCGACACAGCUGCUUCAACAAUCUCACUCUUGAUUUAAAUAACGAAAAACUGCACCACUUACUUAUUUUGUCGUGCUUAGCACAACGCAUUUCGAGAAUUUAUUCUUAUUUUCAUGUACAUUUGUUUGCAUGAAUAUUUUUGGUAACGUUUCUGUGUAUAAUCUUUUACUUGUCUUGUACUAUAGAUGCAUUUUGUCCAGUUUUUCGAUUGCAGUUUAACCUGAAAAAGACAUCUGUAAUGCAAGUGAGGCAGGAAAUAACACACAUAGGCAUCAACAAAACUACUCAUGUAAGCAAAUGCACUUAAAAAAAUGAGAAUAAGUUCUCGAAACGCUUUGUGCUAGGCAUGAAAAAACAAGUGAUUGGUGGAGCUUUUCAUUACUUAAAUCAGCAAUGAGACAGUUCCAGGCUUUCCUAAAACAUAGAUUAUGAUGGACGAAAUUAAAUCACUUUCACUGUACCACAACAUGGUAUGAGUACAUAUAAUGCACAAUGAUAUGUCUACAUGGUUGCACACAUAACUGAUACAUAUUUAUUGUCACUAGUGUUUCUGGUGUUCCAAUAUGGUGUGGUUACAUAGACCACCACAGAGCUCCACAUAGAAAAGUAUUCAUUUGAUAUCUGGACAUACAGAAAAUCAUUCUGAAUUUUGAGGAUUGAAAGAAGAACUGAGUUCAAUAAAAAUUAAAGAUAGAAGUAGGGCUGGCAACAACAUACUAUCACAAACUCCUCAAUGUUACCUGAAUAUGUAAUUCAGAGGCAAAUAUACCACUUAGAGAAACACAUCAUCUGCCUUCCAGGAAGUUGAAUGGGGCCAGGUGAAAAAGAAAACCAACAUCUAAACACUAGGGCAACUAAUGAGAGAGGUUGAAGAGGCUAAUAACCAAGGAGAAAUUUGUAAUAAAAUUUGUGAUGAGAUUUCAACUUCCAAUGCUAAACAAACAAUUUAAAUAACUAAGUACUUGUUCUCCCUGUUUUUUUAUUAUUAAUUAUUCUGUAGUGUUGUUCUGUAAAACUAUGUGAUAAUUGACUUGAUAAUUGAAUGUUAGUGCAUUAGAAGUAAUUUAUGAUCAUGUAAUGUAAACUAUACAAGACAUAGAAGAAAUUUGUCAUAAUUAUAAUGUUUAUAUGUGUUUCAAAACAAGUAGCUCUGCUUAUGGAAACAAUGUUGGGAUAAGAACAACAUUUCAAUCACUUUGGUCCACCAUUAUUUAUGUUGUUCAGAAACAUUUAUUAUUAAUAAUUCCCCAACAAUCACAAAAUGUGUUGCUGCACAAAUAAUGUUGUGAUCGCCAACACCUUGUAAUCCAUUAAAUAAUUUUUAGCAGAAGCAAUUGAUGUCUAUAUAAUCAACUCUUACCACAUAAAACCUCAUGUAUCAUUGCCAUACUCACAGUAAUUUGUAUAAUUUAUGUCUUUGGAAUGAUACAUAAAAUUUGCUUACAUUUUCCUGCAUUCUUAAUUGAGUAAAGUAAUGUCUACAGUAUUAUUAGCACAUAAUACUUUAACGAUAUUAAUUUUUGUUUCAUGCAUUCCACUAUUUCCAAAACACUCUGAAACUGAAAUUUUUGUUAUUAUUGUCUUUUUAGUUGGUAAUGGGUGUGCAUGCAAGCUUUAUAUUUUGUUUCUUUCACACAUUUCCAAACGAACCAUUUACAUGAAAUAUAGCGACAGUAAUGCUUAUUCACUGUUUUUCUCUUCAAUGACUUUGACAGUUAGCAUUCUUGAACUCAAUCAACCUUCUAGAAUUGUUAGUUUAUUACUGUGUUAUAAUAUGAAAUAUAACAACGAAUUACAAGUUUGCCAACUGCAGAAGAAUAGUUUUUAAUAUCUGAAGACUCGUUGAAAACUUAGCAAGCUUUUGUAACUUAUGUAUUAAUCUACACAAUAUUUAGUUAUUUGAAUGGUUGAAAGUGUAAUUUUAUGCUUAAAGUUUGUGUGCAAUAGUGUUUCAGGUAUAUAUCAUAUUUUUUAUGAUGAAACAGAAAUAAUUAUGCAACAGUAAACAUUACAUAUAAAAAAAUGAGGAAAAGUCUUUCGUUUCAUCAACUAAAUAGAAAAAGAAAUCGUUCACCUUCAUAUUCAUAACUUGAAAACAUCUAUGGGAAUACCUAUUAAACAUAUCCUUGUGUUUAUUUUAUGGAUGAGAGCUCUAAAAGUGAUUAAUCACGGAUAACUACAGUCACAAUUAAUCUUAGAGGAUGAAUACAAUAAAUGGAUCAUUAAAAG